AUGCCUCAAAGUGGCCUUAGCCUGCCCAGUGUUCCACUACUGCUGGCUGGUGGAAAUGGCUCUCCUGAAUCCAUCAAUGCCAUCCGCAAUCAGCAGUACCUUUCGCAAUUAUCUCGACAUCAAUCCGAGAUAACGGCCUAUAAUGCAAAGCAAAUGGAGUAUCUCGAUCAGCAGCGGAGAUACCAACAAGCUAUGCUUGAUCACCAAGCUGGGGCUGCGAUGUAUGGAAACCCACACGUUAUCCGAAAAACAUUUGGAACCAUUGCGAGCUUGGAGAGGGCUAUGGCAGCCAACGGCAAAACAACUAUAAGCUCUACACCUACUGCUUGCGUUGGAUUAGAGGUCGGAUCAUACUCCAAAGGGACAGCUGAGCUUAAUAUGUUCUAUAGAGACGAUUCAGAUGGCAAUGAACUACAUGAGACCAUAGAUCCUAAAGAUACAGUACAUCCUAAAGCUGUACUUAAUUUGUAUUGA